GCUCCUCCCUCAUCUGUCCUGCCCAUUCAGCUGCACCCUGGUCUGCUCCCCGCCUUCGACACAGUCGCCAAGCACUCUCCAAACACACACCAAUCCAGGCCAUAGAGACCACGUUUGACCAUGGCCGCGGCGACGUCUCUGCCCGAGGGCGAGAGACCAGGAUCGCUUCUUGCAAAUGAAGAGUAUCUUGACUUUACUCGCGAGCCCUUCGAUGCGAUGGAAUACGCCAACUUCAUCGCGGAUGCGCCUGAGGGAAGCCUCUACCAUGGCAUGGACUUGCCGACGGCGUUGACCAAGCUCAGUUUCAAUCUCGAUCAUCUCAACAAACAGAUCUUUGAGCAAGUGACGCAUCACUACGAGGAUCUGAUCCACCAAGUCACCGAGCUCGACCAGCUCGAUUCAGUGAUGGUGCGGGUGCAGGCCGGCAUGGCUUCGCUCAACAAGUCGUUCGACAGAUUGCGAGUCAGCGUCCAGCAGCCCUACGAGCAGAUCCGGAUCCGAACCCUUCAGGUCGAGCGGCUUCAGGCGACUUCAGAAUUGCUCCGAUCGACAUCGAGGUUCCUGCAUCUUGUGCGUCGCAUGAACGCUCACAUGUUUGGGGGCGAUAAAGAAUAUUCGAGCGCUGCCUCCUCGGUCUGCGAACUGGAGAGCCUCCUGGCAGACUGUGACAUUCGGGGAAUCGAUGCUAUCGAUGCGGAAAUCGCCGGCAUUGAUGCUGUCAAGAAGCAGCUCCUCUCGGAGGGCAACCGUCUGAUUGAAAACGGCAUGACCAGCCAGAACCAAAGCGAAAUCAGCGCGGGCUUGCAGAUUUUCCACAACCUUGGCUCACUGGGAUCAAAGCUGGUUGAGGUUGUUGAUCAUCUCAUUAGCGAUCUAUCGGCUGCUAUACAAGAGUGCUUGGACGUCCAGCUCAUCAAUCAAGAUUCGACCGUAGCUUCUGCACCAUCCACUGGGGUGCGCAGAGUCACCGAACCUGGAACAGUCAAUCCUUCUGCGUGGAGCAGUGCGCUGUGGUCACGACUCGAGAGCCUAUUUGACAAAAUUUACAUCAGCUCUGUCAAGAUUUAUCUCCUUGAGCGUGUUCUGUCUCGUAAACGGGAUGCCAUCACGCAGAUUUCCUUUUUGAAGACUGUGAGCGAGAGAUUCGAUGGCGACAUUUUUCACUAUUACUGGCGCAGUCUGGCUGCGUCGAUGGAGCGCGAAUUCCGACUUUCGACCAAAAGCUCACAGAACCUCCAGAAUGCGCUGCAAAAUGGAUAUCCGAAGCUGCUCCGUCUUCUCCAUGAUUUGCUCCUGAGAAUCGAUGUUGCCAACGGAGGUAUCAAGGGCCAGGGCUAUAUUGACAGCCCCGAGUUUGCGCUGCUGAGCCAGACUCUCCAUUCCUUUGAAGCCUCGUAUCUGUCUCGCUCUCUCACUCGUCUGCUCGAGCCCAUCCAGCAAGCAUUCCCAGAGAGACUCGGAUCGACACCCCUCGUCGGCGUCGCCGUCACCGGAGGCAGCUCGAAGCAAGUGCCGAGCCGAGACGACAUCGAGCGGCUGAUGCGCGUCGUAUCCAGCGAGCUAGAGGCGACCAAGUUUGACACCAGGCUUCUCAAGCUGGUUGGAAAAAACGUCUCCAAGGCGCUCAAUCUGUACAUCAAAAAGUCGGAGUUGUGGUCGGUCAAGGACUCGAACGCCUUUAGCAUCACCGGUCUCAUUACCGCCACCCAAGCCCAGAUCCUGAACGCGGAAAUCGCCAACUGCCUGUAUGCCUUGAAGGAGGGGCUUUGGGCCGUGGUGAUGAGCGAGUACACAGAGCCAGGUCUGCUCGACAUCGUAGGAGAGACGGUCGAGGAAACGCAUGCACUGUUCCAAGGCAUUGUGGGGCCCCUCUUGAUCGCCGUCAUGAGGGACAUUGAAGGAAUCAUCAUGAAGAUCCACAAGGAGGACUUUUCCAAGAUCGUCGCCUCCUCGGGUCUGGGUCGCUCCGAGUCUUCGGUCGGGACAUACAUCAUCGAGCUUAGCAACAAGAUCCGAUGGAUUCAGCGCGAGCUGUUCGCGCGCUAUCAAUGCGGCGAAGAGCGCCAAGACUGGAUGAGACUGGUUGGCAAGCGCACCGUCGAGUUUUUCCUGCGACAUGCCAGCAUCGUUCCCAUCGCUAGCGAGCCCGGCAAGCUGCGUCUGGCCGGCGACCUCACUCAGCUCGAGUUUGCCUUGAACCAAUGGUUCUCGGGCACGGGCAUGCGGCUCGAGACCGACAUUGGCGACUGUUAUCGUGCCUUGAAGGCGUUCAAGCCGCUGCUGUUCCUGGAUCUGGGCCAGAUAUCGACCUCCAAACCCAUCUCGGCCAUCCCUCCGAUCCUUCUCGUCCAUCAUCUGUUCACACGAGCCCACCCGCUGAUCCCCCUGCCAACGGUCUUCUGCCACUGGUCGGAGCAGCAGUACAGCGAAUGGCUCGAUGCACAGGAGCCCAAACAAGCCAUACUGCUGCUUGAAAAGUGCCUUGGACAGUACGUUGACGAAGCAAACCGCAAGGGCGAGAAGGAGUACUGCGUGGUCUAUCCGGCCAUCCGUAUGGUCAUCAACAGCGCGCUUGAAGCGUAGGACCCUGUCGAGGGAGCACAACGCCUUCGAUACCAGAAUCCAUACCAACGGAUCGAGCUAUGUGUCUCAACCGACGAAGCCUUGGCACCGUUUGGAUAUCUGGUGCCUUUGUUCGGAGUGCGACCAUCGAAAUAGUCUUGUGGCUCGUUCGCUGCCUAGGCUCUGAAUACAACACACGCUCCCCCAAUGUGUGCACAUACAGAU